AUGGCCAACCAUGAGGGGUUUUGCACCGUAAGGCCUAGCUGCUUACAAGGGUUUCUCAGCCAUGCGGUAUUAGACGAUAAUUUUGAACGGCCAUCUAGGGUGUUGCGACUCGUACAAAAAAUGCAGCGAUACCAAGAGAUUGGGAGACUUCAACAGAUGAACUCCCAGCCAAACGUUCCAGUAGACAUUCAAGGAGAUCACGCCAGUAUCAACGAAAGCGACGCAAUGUGGAUGAGUCUAGCGACGCUGGACGCAGCCACUAAUCCGCCGUCAUAUCCGUUAGUUACAACAAAUUCAGACAAAUGGAGGGACGAGUCCGCUAAAGGAGGAAUUAUCACGGACAUGUUGAACCUGGAGAAGAGGUGGAAGGAUCCUAGACUACGACAUGAACGGCAGAUGAUAGCAUCGCAACCAGCUGCUGUGCUUGUCAGCAGCAACGAGAAGAGCCCGCGGAGUCCUCAGCUCUAUACGGAUGACCAGGCUAAAUCCCUGGACCGUAUAUUGAGGAUUCCUUUGAGUCGGCCCAGUGACUGUGAUAUUGACCCUGGUUCUGAGAUCGGAGAUGAGGAUGGUGCGAGCGAGGAGGACAAUGACGGCGACACUUGGAUGAAAGACGCUGUCGAAGACCAUGCCACCCCGGGUCCUUAUCAUCCAGAGAUCUAUGUGGAAUACACCCCGUAUAUUCAUCGACUGAUCGAAAAUCCUGAGGAGGAGAUUUCCGAAAGAGGCCAACGAAAAGAUCAGGCAAGAGAACGCCAAGGAGAACUUACCCAAAGAAAGACAGACCGGCUUCUUCAUCUUACCUCAUUGGGCAGAUCAUUGCUGCUGAGAUGGCUGCCCGGAGGCGCAGAAGACGAUCAAACGCGCAAACGAUGCGAUUGGAGAGUUGAUCCAACAAAUUGCACUACCCCCAAGAUUGGCUGGUCCAGUUCUGGCUUGUCCAAGACAGGGAAACUUCAGUACUCGAUCGCCGAACCAGUUUCCCCUGUCGAGGGAAGGCCAGAUCGACCCGCCACGGCUAUGGACAUAAUGAAACAUAUUUGGCAGAGAUCUAACUAG